AUGGCCUCUAUCAGAGAACAGAUUGCACUCAAACGUGCGGCCGCACGCAACUCGCCCAUCAAGCCCCGUCCUGGGUAUGCACCCCCGCCAGUCGAGCUCGAGGAACGCACCGUCCCGGGCCAAGUGUCGCGUGCACGCAGGAGUGGCAAGCUCGACCUCGGGUCCAUGUCCCUCGACGCGAUCCCCUGUGAAGUCUACACAGACCUCCUUGGCAUCCCAGAGCACGAACUCACUGUUCCUCCACCCACACCUGUACCUUCCGCGGCCCUUGCGACACCCACAAAGGCCAAGCAAGUCGAAUAUGAUAGCUUUGGACGCGCCAUCGCCGGCCUGUCCCUCGACGACGACAGUGAACCUGCCCGGCGCUUGGCGUUUGGUACCCCCGAGCCCAAGAAGCGCUGGUCCGAGCCCGAAGAGCUCACAGCCCUGCGCGCGCCCGAUAACAUGAUUCGCGAGCUCGAGUUUGAGAUCGGCCUCUUUGGUGGCCUCAAGAGUGUAGACCUCCGCGGAAACAAGCUCACCGCUCUCCCUAACGCGUUUGCCGACCUCUUGCGACUCAACGUCAUUGACAUUUCCGACAAUGCUCUCACCGCCUUCCCUCCGUCCCUCCUUCUCCUUCCCGAGCUGGAGAGCGUGAUUAUGACCCACAAUGCCAUCAAGACUCUCGACCUCACAGAGCCUGUCAAGCCCAGCGACGAGGGACUGGCGUACGGCACGGGAUUCCUGAUCACAAAGUUUGAGCGUGAAGCAAAGGCGCCCAAGACGGUCCUCCCGGUUCUGCGAUCCCUCAACCUGUCGUACAACCAGCUCUCGACCGACGCACUCGCCGGCUUGGCAGGCAAGACCCCGCUGAGGCUUCGCGUCCUCAACGUUGGCAACAACGCCCUUGAAGGCAUUCUCGACGCCAGCGCUGCCGGAAUCGACCACACCCGCAUGCCCGAGCUCGCGUCCUUGGUGCUGGGCGGCAACAAACACCUCAACGGUAUCGAGGGUGACGUUGCUGCCGGAGCCGCUAUCGACACUGAGGGCUGCGCGUGGGGCAGUACAGGCGGCGCGGCCAUGAGCCUCGGCGCGUCACCCCGUAAGCCGCGUGCUUCCAGCCCGGGCAAGCCAGUCGGAUACACACCUGCACCUGGUGGACCGACCGACAUACCCCUGCCCACUGCCACCAUCACCUUUGCGACCCACCCGGCGGCCACCUUUGACUCGCUGCCGCUCGCCGUCGAGAUGGACGUGUACCUGCCCAAGGACGCGUCGCCGGCCACUCCGCUCCCCGUCGUUGUGUGGUGGCACGGCGGCGGCCUUUUGCAGGGCAACAAGGAGAACCUUCCUCCUCACUUGCGUCGCUUCCCCAACAAGGGCCUCAACGGCCAAGGUGUCAUUGUCGUCUCGCCAAACUACCGCAUGGCACCGCAGGCGGCGAUCCUGGAGACUCUUGCCGACGCCGACUCUGCCGUCAACUAUGUCCGUACCAAGCUCAACGACAAGCUCGCGGCCAUUGGCGAAUCGGCCCGCGUCGAUCCGGACCGCAUCGUCGUUUCUGGCGGCAGUGCCGGCGGAUACCUCGCGCUCAUGGCCGGUGUCCCCACUCCUCAACGCGUCCCCGACGCCGAUGUGGGCGGCCACCGCGGUCCCCUCGGCUGGGUGCCCAAGGGUAUCGCCGUCUUCUACCCCAUCACCGACCUCGCGCACCAGUUCUGGCAGACCAAGACCGACCCCGUCCCGUGGUGGGGCAAGAGCGUCCCGCACGAGGCGGCCCGCCCGCACAUCAACCCCCGUGACCCGCCCGUCGCCACUGCGGUGUCUGGCGGUCCCCGCUCCAUCCUGUACCCUUACAUGCUGCAGGAGGCGCUGUUCCCCAACCUCCUGUUCUACAACCAGCGUUCGGUCGGAUCGGGCAUGGACUCGUUCCGCCCCGACGCGCACACGCUGAGCGCCACCACGCGCCUGGAGAUUGUCGCCAAGCGUGAGGCCGCCAUGCCGCCAGUGUUCAUGUCCUAUGGCUCCAUUGACGAUAAAAUCCAGCCGCUCGAGCCCACUGUCGAGGUGUUGCAGAGCACCAAGGGUGAGACGGAGGUGGAGGUUGUCGAGGGCGGCGACCACGCGUACGACGAGAACCCGGCCGAGCAGUGCGAGGCGUUCUACACUUGGCUCGAGCGCGUGCUUUAA